AUGGCCUUUCCGGACCUUGAGAACUGUCGCCUCAUCGACGGCCGCAGCGUGUGCGCGCUGCAAUUGGCCGCGGGUGCGAUCCUCCUCGCGGUGUGCUAUUUCAUCAUUGCAAUCCUCAUCGCGAAACGCUUCAACAUAGCCGGCUCCUUCUUUACGGACUGCCUCUGCUGCGGCUGCUGUGCGAUCGAUCAAAUGGCAAGAUGA